GCUGAGGCUAGAAUCUUAUUGGAAAAUUUGCCAUUUCUUUGAACUGCUCCCAAAAAUUUUGAACCGUGAAAAGUUUAACAAUAAAUUGUAAUUAAAAGUAUAACUAGUAAGAACAAAUGAUUUGUCGUCUAAAAUUAGGUCAGGUUUAACAAAAACAUUCAGAAUGUUGACUCGCCGGCUUCAUACCUUCUCGCAAAGCUUCACAAAAGUGAUUCCCUCCAACUUGAAGGGUAAGAAGAAAAGUUCUCAAGAGUGGCUCACCCGACAGUUGAACGAUCCGUUUGUGGAACGAGCCAAAAUGUUGAAUUACAGAUGCCGAAGUGCUUUCAAACUGUUAGAAAUAGACCAGAAAUACGGUAUCAUCAAACCUGGAUUCAACGUUAUCGAUUGUGGAGCUGCCCCGGGAUCCUGGUCUCAAAUUGCGGUCAAACAGUCUAAUGCUGAUGGGUCGCUUGCAGACAAACCCAAAGGAAUGGUUAUCGGGGUUGACUUGCUUCAGGUUUACCCGAUCAAGCACGCCACAAUUCUGGGUAAUUCAGAUUUCACUCGACCGGAAACGCAGAACCGCAUCCGGGAGCUACUGGCAGAUCGACGAGUAGAUUGUGUACUUUCCGAUAUGGCUCCCAAUGCUACUGGGGUCCGUUCCUUAGAUCAGGAGAACAUCAUUACCCUAUGUUAUUCGGUUCUGCGCUUUGCCAUCCUGAUGUCGUCUAAAAAUGCCUCGCUGCUAGUCAAAAUCUGGGACAAUAAUGAGGUGCCGACGUUGGAAAAGAAUAUGGCCAAAUACUACGAACAGGUGCGACGGAUAAAGCCUCGUGCCAGUCGAAGUGAUUCCGCUGAGGCGUUUAUUCUUGCGAGGGGAUUCAUCGGAGUAGAACGGUAGCGUUUUGGGUAAGUCCAUUAUUUUUGUUAAGAUAGAUUAUUA